UAUUAAUGAUAAUGUCUAAAUUUUAUCCAGUUAUAGUGCGAGAAGGUAACAUUCCUCGGUUACUUGUUGGAGGUCCACUUGAAGAAGAGAGGACUCGUUCUCUGAGGGAAACACUCGCAUUAUCAUUUCUCCAUUGCAUGUCUGUCACUCUCAUCUUGCCUUGAUUUGCUAUGGAAAAAAAAAAUGUAAAAUUACACACGUAUGUUGAGGAGGUGGGGGCGUGGGUGAGGGUGAGCAAGUUUCAGUCUUUCGUGACCACCCUGUAGAUCCGCCCCCGUCCCUUCAUUUUGUUGCGGUUAACGAGCGCCCAUCCUAGAUGGCUUUCGACUGAGUUGUGGGGGAUACUGUACUCCGUAAUUUUCCAAUGGACACUUUGCUGCAACACGUGGGCUUCCGGGCUUUAUUCUGAAAGUCGCCACCGGAAGUGAGGUUUCUGUUUUCCCUCCUUGAAGUGUCUUCGCGUCUGUUUUCUGCCCUCCCAGAGCUGCUGUUCCAAUUCAACCGUGUCCGAUCAGGAGUACGCGAAAGCCGGCGACAUGGCCCCGGGCGCCCGCGGGAGGUGGAGCGGAGUGUGGCUCUGAUUCCGGGGGAUGAGCAGACAGCCACCCCAGGCACCCCAGCCACCUCCUCCUCGCUCCCACCACCUCAAGACACGCUGCACUGCGCGAUGCGGCUCGAGGUCCAGCCUGGAGGCGACUGUCUCCUCUCUCCUCUGCGCUCGAAUCUCCUCCUGUCCGGGUUCAGGUUGACGCUUCCUCCGAGUACUUUUAAGGGAGUGGACUGUUGCUAACUACGGCGCUACCGACGUUUGCCCGCUUUCUGGUCGCGACUAGGAAUUACACCAUGAUCUGAUCUUUAAAACCAAGCGGGCGCUAAUAGGAGUCACCUGGAAGCACAUGAUGGCCAAUAACAACGAGCUGCAAACCGAUACCGGCGGCCUUUCUGUGCUGCAGCAGCUCGGCCUGGACCAGAACACCGACCUCUCAGACUCUGGCGUCCAGCAGCGCCUGGACGAGUACCGCGAGAGGAUCCGCAGGGAGAUCCGCAAGGAGCUGAAGAUCAAGGAGGGGGCGGAGAAUCUCCGCAGGGCCACCACGGACAAGAGAAACGCCCAACAGGUGGACUCGCAGCUCCGCAGUUCCAAACGCAAGCUGGAGUGUCUCCACGCUCAACUGCAGGAGCUGGACGCACACAUUGUGGUCAAGGGCCACAACGAGAAUGAAGAUGCUGCAAUAUCUCCAGGCUCAGUUAGUCGACCUUCUGCCCACCAACACCGCAUUGCUGCGUUGGAGCGCCAGCUAAACAUUGAAUUGAAGGUCAAACAGGGCGCCGAAAACAUGAUUCCCAUUUACGCCAAUGGAGCUACCAAGGACAAGAAGCUUCUCCAGGCAGCUCAGCAAAUGCUGCAGGACAGCAAGACGAAGAUCGACAUCAUCCGCAUGCAGAUCCGGAAGGCCAUGCAGGCCACAGAACAGUCCGAGGACAACCAGUCUAAACCUGACUUGUGUGGGGUGGAGCUACGCGUGGAGGAGCUGUGGCAUCAUUACCGCGUGGAGCACGCCAUGGCGGAGGGAGCCAAGAACAUGCUGCGACUGCUCGGUGCAGGAAAGGUCCAAGACAAAAAGGCCAUGGCAGAGGCACAAUGUGGUCUGAGCGAGUCAUCCCAGCGCCUGGACCUGCUCAGGUGCUCUUUGGAGCAGCGGCUGCAGGAGCUCCCGGAGGACCACCCGAAGGCCUGUCUGAUCAAGGAGGAGCUGGCGUUGGCUUCCUCCGCAGCUUUUAGCACCCGCCACAGCACGCCAUAUGUUCACAACCAGUACAGCACCUUGAGUAAACCGUCACCUCUCACAGGAACCCUUGAAGUGCAUCUCCUGGGAUGUGUCGGGCUCCCCGAGGUUGUCCCAGGCAGGAGCAGAGCGACCCCCGUGGUUCUUCCCGCUUACUCUCCAGGAGACGGACGCUCCUCCUUUAAACUGAGUGGCCUCUACAGCCGCGGCACCAGUAGCAUGAGCCUCAAGAGCCCUGGCAAGAAUGAUGAGCUAUCUCAGGAAGUCAGUGCAGUUCUGAAGCUGGAGAACACAGUGGUGGGUCAGACCGCUUGGAAAACCUUUGGCGAUCAGACGUGGGAUCAAAGCUUCACUGUGGAGCUGGAAAGGUCCAGGGAGUUGGAGAUUGCCGUGUACUGGAGGGAUUACCGCUCCCUUUGCGCUCUGAAGUACCUCAAACUGGAGGAGUUUUUGGAUAACCAAAGACACCGAGUCAAACUAGAACUUGAACCACAGGGGCUGCUGCUGGCAGAGGUGACUUUUUUCAACCCAGUAAUAGAGAGAGGACGCCGGCUCCAGAGACAAAAGAAUGUCUUUUCUAAACAGCACGGAAAGGCAUUCCUGCGUGCUCGUCAGAUGAACGUAGACAUCAGCACGUGGGUUCGCCUGCUGCGGAAUGCCAUCCCGAGCGGCAGCAAUCCACCUGCGUACACGCCGACUUUCUCAAGCAACACUCUCUCGCACAGCCCCGGAGAAAUCUCGGUCGAAAAGCUAACCCUGGAAACAGACUCUCCCUUCAAGAGCGAGAUCGGAGACUUUACAACUGUGCGGCAGCUGGCAGUCAUCGAGCCCCCUUCCGUGCCGGAUGCUCCUGUUCCUGACCCCCCAACCAGAUCACAGUCCCGAGACUCGUUGCGCAGACCAAGCAGAGGUUUGCCUGUUUGCCUGCAGGAUUUCAAGUUGAUAGCAGUGCUCGGCAGGGGGCACUUCGGCAAGGUGUUGUUGUCAGAAUACAAGCAGACAGGCAGCCUGUACGCCAUCAAAGCCCUGAAGAAAGGAGACAUCGUCACACGGGAUGAAGUGGAAAGUCUGAUGUGCGAGAAGCGGAUCUUUGAGACCGUCAACAGCUCCCAUCACCCGUUCCUGGUCAACCUGUUUGCGUGUUUCCAGACGCCUGAACACGUGUGCUUCGUCAUGGAGUACACCGCAGGAGGGGACCUGAUGAUGCAUAUCCACGCGGACGUCUUUUCGGAGCCACGUGCUGUGUUCUACUCCGCUUGUGUGGUCUUGGGUCUGCAGUUCCUUCAUGACCAUAAGAUUGUUUAUCGAGAUCUGAAGCUAGACAACCUGCUGCUCGAUGUAGGUGGUUUUGUUAAAAUAGCAGACUUUGGUCUAUGUAAAGAAGGUAUGGGUUACGGGGACAGGACCAGUACAUUUUGUGGGACCCCUGAGUUUUUGGCCCCAGAAGUACUCACGGACACCUCAUACACAAGAGCCGUCGACUGGUGGGGCCUGGGGGUGCUCGUCUAUGAAAUGUUGGUCGGGGAGUCUCCGUUUCCAGGCGAUGAUGAAGAGGAGGUUUUUGACAGCAUCGUGAAUGACGAAGUCCGCUACCCACGCUUCCUCUCGACCGAGGGCAUUGCCAUUAUGAGACGGCUCCUGAGAAGGAAUCCCGAGAGGCGGCUGGGCUCUGGGGAAAAAGAUGCCGAAGACGUCAAAAAACAACCUUUCUUCAGAGACAUGGACUGGGAGGCUCUCCUUCAUCGGAAAGUCUCGCCUCCUUUUGUCCCGACCAUCGCAGGAAAAGAAGACGUCAGCAACUUCGAUGUGGAGUUUACAGCUGAGGCGCCGACCCUCACGCCGCCCCGCGAGCGGCGCACCCUCUCCCGCAAGGAACAGGCCUAUUUUAAGGAUUUUGACUAUGUAUCUGACCUCUGCUAGGUUCUACAGAUUAGUAGAUGUCCCUCUCCCAGCCUCAGACUCUAAGAGGACAGCGAUGAGGAUGGGAUAGCUGAGUGCAGGAACUCAAUGGGAUGAAGAAUUGGCUGGGACCUGCGUGUGUGUGUGUGUGUGUGUGUGCGUGUGUGUGUGUGUGUGUGUGUGUGUGUGUGUGUGUGCGUGUGUGUGUGUGUGUGUGUGCGUGUGUGUGUGUGUGUGCGUGUGCGCGCAACACCGUAGGGGCAGAUCAGCCGGAAUGUGAUCGCGUGUCUAGCACAGCUGCAGUGUCCCUGACCUGCUGACCUUUUUGACAAUCUAGAGGGGGCUUUUAGAGGAAACCGAGAUGAUAACUGAAGAUAAUCCAGAUUAUGUAGCAACUGAGUUGACUGGUCCUGCUGUUUGGACUGCGCUGUCUGGAGUCGAUGACAAAUCAGCCUCAUUGUCAUCGAAAAGAUCAACGAGCCAAAAAGUAUCAAUCGGAAGCUAAUCCUCAUCACGCCAGAUUUUUGUCUCCCGUCCUGUCUUUUUGUUUCUUCUGUGUGCUGCUGCGACGUUGCCGCCGCCACCGCAACCCUGGCUCAGUCACUAUGAAUGUACAAUGUCAACCUCAGUCAGGUGCAACUUCAAAAUGAACACUUGGGGACGCCAAAGAAACAAACAAAUCUGCUUGUUGUCUGUCCUUCAAAUUCUGUUGCUUUCUGAUGAAUGUGUCAAAGAUAAGAUGUGAUGCUCUUUAAUAAUAAAAAAAAAUAAAAAAGACACGU